GCUACCUCUCUGCUAACCUCCGAUGGCACUCUUCUCCAUCGCCAGAAGGCUGCGAAGAACCCACCCUCAACUCCUACUUUCCUUUCCCCUUAAACACCCAAAUCUUCAUUUACCCUCUCUUCUUGGCUCGAGUGAGAAAUUUAUCACUCUCUCUUUGGCAUUUCAUCGAACACAUCCAAUAUACUCUCGCCCCGCCAUUUUCACUCCCCAUUUCUCCACUCUUCAAUCCUUCUCCACCCAAACUCUCACCAACCCGUUUGACUUCACUGGAUCCCCAACUCAUGAUCGUGAUCCGCAGGAGCCGGCCCUUCUCGAUUUGCUCAAGCGGGUCGCCCAUCUUGACUCUGAAACUGAGGCCGUCGCUUCUCUUGACAAUUCAGGCAUCAAGGCAACUCAAGAUUUGAUUUUUUCGGUGAUUUGGACAUUGAGGGAGGAGUGGAGACUGGCCUUUUUGGCUUUCAAGUGGGGUGAGAAAUGGAGUUGCAGUGGUCAAAAAGCUUGUGAGUUGAUGGUGUGGAUAUUGGGUAAUCAUAGCAAGUUCAAUAUUGCUUGGUGUUUGAUUCGUGAUUUAUAUCAUUCUUCCAUGGAUACGAGGCGGGCUAUGUUUAUUAUGAUUGAUAGAUAUGCAGCUGCAAAUGAUCCAUGCAAGGCUAUUCGAACUUUCCACAUCAUGGAGAAGUUCAGAAUGACACCAGAUGAGGAAGCAUUUCAGACCCUUUUGAAAGCUCUUUGUAAACAUGGCAAUAUUGAAGAGGCUGAAGAGUUAAUGCUCUCAAAUAAGAAGCUCUUCCCACUUGAGACUGAAAGCUUUAACAUUAUUUUGAAUGGUUGGUGCACUAUUUCAGUCGAUGUAUUUGAAGCAAAACGAGUUUGGAGAGAGAUGUCAAAAUGCUGUGUUACACCUGAUGCAACUUCUUACACCCUCAUGAUUUGCUGUUUCUCUAAAGUUGGGAAUCUCUUUGACUCACUUAGGCUCUAUGAUGAAAUGAAGAAAAGAGGUUGGGCUGCAGGUAUUGAGGUCUAUAAUUCUUUGGUUUAUGUCCUAACUCGAGAUAAUUGCUUGAAUGAAGCCCAUAAGAUCCUAGAUAAAAUGAGAGAAGCUGGAUCGCAGCCAGAUUCUACAACUUACAACUCAAUGAUACGUCCUCUUUGUGAAGCAGCAAAGGUAGAUGAGGCAAGAAAUUUACUUUCGACUAUGAUCUCAGAGAAACUUAGUCCAACUGUUGAGACCUACCAUGCUUUUCUUGAGGGUGUUGAUUUUGAAGGAACUUUGGAGUUUCUUAACCAUAUGAGGAUGGUUGGUCUGUGUCCUACUCAUGAUACCUUUCUCUUAGUUCUUGGCAAGUUCUUCAAAAUAGAGCAACCUGAGAAUGCAUUGAAGAUUUGGACAGAAAUGGAGCAGUUUGAAAUAGUACCUGAUUACAGUCAUUACAUAACAUUGAUAAAAGGGCUAGCAACAUGUGGAUGGUUGGUAAAAGCCAGGGAGCUCUAUGCUGAGAUGAUGUCAAAUGGAUUUUUGGAUGAUCCGAAGCUAAAGAAGUUAUUGCAGGAGCCAGUGCGAAGCAGUGGCAACAAGAGACAGAGUUUGAGAAAGGUCGACGGAAGCAAACAAGUGAAGAAGUGGAAAGGUAAGAUGAGACGGAAAAAAAGUCACCAUCAAUCAAAUAAGGACUCUAUUUGAAAUUCUAUCUGAAGCUGGAAAUAUCAUUAUUCUUCUUGUGGAUAUUACUAUUGCCUCAGACAUAAGGAGCGCUUAGUGGCUUCUUUUUAUACUGUUGGAAGUACCAAAAGGUAUUUUCUGUAUGAGGUCUAUGCUUAAUGGCUUUAGUCUGACGACUGUAUAUGCUUUAACCUGAGAAUAUCUGUUUGAAAUAGUGAAGAAUUUCAAUCUAUAUAUUUUACUCAGUAGUUUGGUAGAGUGUCCUUUAACUGUACAUUGCUGGAGAUUCCUUUGAUGAAUGGACAAAAUAAUUCUGAAGCAAUACUGCAAUAGCAUGGCAAUCCAUUAACUUCUAUCCUCCACGGUUGAUAGAGCUGUAGACAGUCAAGUGAAAUUCAGUUUGAACAUAUUGAGGAAAGGUUGAUGAGGCGCAAAAGGAAAUAAUUUUGCAAUGAAAGCACAGACAUGCCAAUAGAGAUACUUAUUUGGGGUUGCAUCAGCAUCAUAAUUAAUAAAAACAAAGUAUGAAAGCCAGAAGGAUUGUCGCUUGAUCAAACAUGUUCUCUUGUUGCCAACAUUGUCAAGAAAAUCAAAGCUUGGCCAGAUGGAAUAUCUGGAGCCAAUUAUUGCUGUACUUUCCUGGUAAGAACCUGCUUUUAUACUAAACAUAUUCAUUUCUUGAGAAAAGUGAAUGCUUAGGUUUUUCACAAAUGACUCCAAGAAGUUAUGUUUCUUUGACUCUGGCAAUAAGAAUUUUUAUGGUUUUAUCUAUUAUUAUCUGGUGUAUGUCUAGGGCUGACAAUUGUGAGGAUGCAGAUUUAAGUCUUGAGAGCAGCCACUUCAGCAAAAAGUUAAAGUAGCGGCAUUGUUUCCAUUUCACCUCUUUGACCACCGUGCUUUGGUUUAGUCAUAACUGGUAAUGAUUGCUAUAACUUCAUCUGCUAUGGUUCUGGUUAGUUUCUGACAUUGCAAAUGGGAUAAUGUAUUUGUUUGUAAUACUUGUGUCCUUAAUCU